AUAAUUAAUAAAUUUAAUUUAUCAUUUCAGCAAUCUAAAUUUUUUACAAACAUAUAAAUUUCAUUUAUAUCCGCAUAAGGGGCAAAAUUCAACAUUAUUAGCAACACUGAAAAUCCCCAUUGUAAAGUGUUUCGUUCCUCGUGUGUGUUUUUGUUCAUCGUUUUGCAACAGAAGUGUAGAGCCAUUUGAAGGCACCUAAUUUUUUGUAUUUUUCUUUGAUCGAGUGUAGAAGUACAUAGCAGCCAAACAAAAUGCGUAUCACCUCGUCCCUGCUUGGAGCCCACUUCGGCAACUUGGCCAAAGUGCACGGUAUUGUCACCUAUAAGCUAUCGCCAUUUGAGCAGCGUGCAUUUGCUGGUGCGAUUAGCAAAGGUCUGCCCAACAUUUUCAACCGCAUCCGCUCUAAUCUCUUCAUUGUGGCACCACCCUUCAUUGUUGGAUACCUUAUCUAUGAUCUGACGGAACGUGAGCACCACCACUUGUCUCGUAAGAAUCCAAAGGAUUUCGAGAAUGAAGAAUAGAAAUGUAUAUUUGAAAUUAAAUAGAUUUUCGAUCACACAAAACAUGUAAAAGAAAUAUAGUUUAAUUAUGCAAAGUCUGUAUUUUUUAGGGUACUUUGCUGCAGAUUUAAAUUUGUGAGAGUUUACAUUAUUAUUUUAUUAACUGACUAGCGAUUGUGGUUAGACAUGGUGCUAACUUGAUGAGUCGUAGGGUUAACCAUAGAAAUAUUAAAAAUUCGGUUAAACUAAAACUACGAAACAUUUUGUUUAUCUCUAAGGUGCUUUUUACAAAUGGAGUAGCACUUGAGUGCAUUAAGAGAAGAUAAGGAACUCGGCAAACAUUUGUUGCAAGGAGUAAGAAUCACAUAUUGUUGUUUUUUUUUUUUACUAUAUAUUAAAAAUAAAAAAAUUUUUUUAAAUUGGAUGUAAGAAAUUUAAAUUUAAAUUUUGAGUUAAAAAAGAGUAAAGAAUUUUUCUCCUAUAUUCAUAAUUAAUGGUUCACCCUACAAAUACGUAACGCAAGUUCUCAUUACGUGUUGAAGUGUCAUAAGACAGUCAGCUGAUGUAACUGUCAAUUUACAUUUUACAGCUGUAUUUGUGUCGUUUAAUAAAUUUCUUUGUUUUUCUAGCAUAUUAAUUUUUUUAAGAAGUUUUUGGCGGAAUUUCUUUUUCAUGUAUAAACUACUUAUAGUCAACAAAGUGCAUGCGAAUUCCUAAAGCGACUUUUGGCGUAAUAUUUAAGCAACUUUAAGGUAAUUCCUGAACGUAAACGGAUGCAGAUAGACAACAGUAUAAGAUGGAAGAUUGCUGCAGUAAUGAAAUGCGCAGUCAAACCUUUCAUAAUGUGUUGAAAUCAGUAUUAGAUUCCAAAGUAAUCAACAUCCAAGUAUUUACCGUGGCCGUUGGUAUCCUGUUUAUUGUAAUUCUACUGAAGAAUCGUUUUCGCAGUUUCUGUGGCACUUAACUAAACGAUAACGUAAUAAGGACUGGAGUUCUGUGGUGGUGUGUAAAACUGGACAUGUAGUAACUUAAUAAAUUAAGAUUCAAUAUAAAAAUCUAA